GUUUUGCACUCAAUUGGUACGAGGAUUUGGCCCAUUUUAUACUUGUUUUAAUUUAGCCGAGGUCGACCAAUGAUGCUUCUGAGGUCGACCUAUGAAGGCAAAAGUUUGAUUUAUUUGUGCUAAACUUAUUGAGGUCGACCAGUGAUGAUAUUGAGGUCGACCUCGGGCCAUUUAAAUCGAUUGAAAGCUAAUUGUGACUUUCAAAAGCCGUGCAGUGCAGGAGAUUAGGCCACCUUGCAAUGCACUCGAAGACAUAAACGUUUGUGUCUUCGAGUGCAUUACAAGGUGGUCUAAUGUACUGAACUGCACGGCUUUUGAAAGCACAAUUGGCUUUCAAUCGAUUUAAAUUUUCCGAGGUCGAUUUAUGUUUUUCCUGAGGUCGACCACUUCUAAUUAUGAGGUCGACCGGAUCUGUUUUGCACUCAAUUGGUACGAGGAUUUGGGCCAUUUUAUACUCGUUUCAAUUUAGCCGAGGUCGACCUAUGAAGGCAAAAGUUCGAGUUGUGCAAUUGUCUGUGAAUUAUUUGUGCGAAACUAACACUGGUCGACCUCUUCUAAUUAUGAGGUCGACCGGAUCUGGUUUGCACUCAAUUGGUACGAGGAUUUGGCCCAUUUUAUACUCGUUUCAAUUUAGCCAAGGUCGACCUAUGAUGCUUCUGAGGUCGACCUAUGAAGGCAAAAGUUCGAGUUAUGCAAUUGUCUUUGAAUUAUUUGUGCGAAACUAACACUGGUCGACCUCUUCUAAUUAUGAGGUCGAUCGGAUCUGUUUUGCACUCAAUUGGUACGAGGAUUUGGCCCAUUUUAUACUCAUUUCAAUUUAGCCGAGGUCAACCUAUGAUGCUUCUGAGGUCGACCUAUGAAGGCAAAAGUUCGAGUUGUGCAAUUGUCUUUGAAUUAUUUGUGCGAAACUAACACUGGUCGACCUUUUCUAAUUAUGAGGUCGACCGGAUCUGUUUUGCACUCAAUUGGUACGAGGAUUUGGCCCAUUUUAUACUCGUUUCAAUUUAGCCGAGGUCGACCUAUGAUGCUUCUGAGGUCGACCUAUGAAGGCAAAAGUUCGAGUUGUGCAAUUGUCUUUGAAUUAUUUGUGCGAAACUAACACUGGUCGACCUCUUCUAAUUAUGAGGUCGACCGGAUCUGUUUUGCACUCAAUUGGUACGAGGAUUUGGCCCAUUUUAUACUCGUUUCAAUUUAGCCGAGGUCGACCUAUGAUGCUUCUGAGGUCGACCUAUGAAGGCAAAAAUUCGUUUAUGUCGACCCAUUCCCGUUUUAAAUUAACUGAGGUCGACCUAUGAUUCUUCUGAGGUCGACCCAUUCUCGUUUUAAAUUAACUGAGGUCGACCGCUUUAUGGAGUGGUCGACCGCGUAUUGUUUAAUUCGAAAAUGUGACUAACGUGUAUUCUUGCUUGUUUAAUGGCAGAAUGUCUGGCAAAAAUAAGAAAAGAAAGUCACAAAAAGCUGCUGCUUCAAGUUCGGAAUGGGAAGAUUUCAAUCCCAAACUGUUCCAGACCAAGGAUCAAAGUGACAACUAUGAAGAGAAGAGAAUGCACAACCGCAGGGUGGCUCCUGGAAGGCCAUUGACGACGGAUGCGUAUUCUCAUUUCGAGAAUUACGGGUUUCUGGGACCCUUCAUCGACCAAGAGUGGCUGAAGGUGACAUCUCUCAAUGUACCAUACUACCCAAAACUGGUACAGUACUUCUACAACAACAUCGUCUACGAGCGCAAUGCAAAUGGAUCCAUUCACGCAUUCAAAUCCUAUGUGAAUGGGGUGGCGAUGCGCAUCAGCAAGAAUGUGUUGGCGCAAGUACUUGAGGCUCCAAACGAGGGGAAGAGAAUCAAUUCUUACGGUGCUUGGAAUGAAACACAUUUCACGAGAGCCAAGCAAAUCCAGACGGUAUGUGGUCUUGAUGAAGAGGAAGAUGCUCAGAGGCGCAAUAGGCCAACGAGUAACCACCUAACAGUUCAAGCCAGAGUUCUUCACCACAUGCUUUCCUACAACAUUCUGCCAAAGGGUGGACAUCGGGAGACAGUCAACUACUUCGACAUGGAGCUCCUCACCAACCUACUGUUAAGCGAGAAGGUGAACUUGCCAUACUUGAUCUUUAACCACAUGCUUACUGCUGCAGAGAGUUCAAACAGGAAUCUUCCCUAUGGGAUGAUCCUCACUGUGCUAUUUGAGCAUUUUAAUGUGAAUUUAAGUGAAGAGGUGGGGUUAAGAAUCUCAAGGCAGGAGUUCUAUACUGUUUCAUCUCUGAAAAAGAUGGGCUUUGAGCUGCGUAAUGGUGAGUAUGUCAGAGUAAACAAUGCUCAUGGUGGUGAUGAUGAUGAUGAUGAUGAUGAUGAUGAUGAUGAUGAUGAUGAUGAUGAUGAGGGUGAUGAAGGAGCUCGAGACGAGCCAAUGGCGGAGGCACAGAGUUCAACUCCACCGAUCACCUUACAGCGUGUGUGGGAGCGCAUGGAUGGCAUGUACGAGUACAUGGGCCAGAUGUCCACCCAGAUGACUGGCAUGCACGACUACAUGGGGCAAAUGACCGCCCAGAUGAGCACAAUGCAGGUGACCGUGAAUGAGAUGCGAGAUGAGUGGCGAUCUUUCAACGGAAGAUACAUGCAUCCCACCACAUCCGACCACCAUCAUGCUAGCACCACCAAUGAAGAAAAUGUGGAUGAGAGAGAGGGGGGAGAUGAGUAGGAGAAAUGAGUUUUUAUAUUGUGUGUUUUAGUGGUUAAAACGAUUGUUGAGUGUUAUUCUGUUGUUUUUUUAGUUUUAUUUUUAAGUGUGAACAAUUAUGAUUUCUGUUUUAUUUUUAGUUGUUAUGCUAUGAAUUGAUGAGUUCUUGUUAUAAUUAUUUAUGACUAAUUAUGAUGGUUUGAAACAUAAUUUAUACGAUUAAAAGAACCACACAAAUCGACAUACAUAAGCAAAAAAGACACGGGCCAUAGGGUGACUUUCUUGUAUUCGGUCGACCUCGUACUGGAUUAGGUCGACCGCGAAACCAACACUUGAUCUUGAUUUUACGUCAAAUAAUUGGACACUUUGAUAGAACACUUAUCUUCUAUCUGGUCGACCUCUUUCCUCAUUCGGUCGACCAUUUUGUUAAUGACUGCCAUCAAGUGGUCGACCUAUAUACCUUAGGUGGUCGACCAUGUUGUUUCUGACGCCAAUGAAAUGGCCGACCCAGGUUUUAUUCUGGUCGACCAAAAAUAACAACUUAAACUAAGUGCGGUCGACCAGGUGGUCGUUGAGGUCGACCGCAAUACUUUCUCGUGCUCCCCAAAUUAGUCGAUUCGGUCGACGCCUUCAGCAAUAGGUCGACCGAAAAGUGCAUGUCACCGUGACAUGCAUGUCAUAGUAGGCAUACCCUAUACAUUUAUAUGGUCAAACUACUUAGCCCAAAAAAUUCUCACAUCCACCAAAAAUACCCAUUCCAAAAAAAUUAUGAAUAUAUAUCUUAUAAUCAGCCGCUUCAAAUCAUUAUUGAAUGUGUAUGUAGAUUUUCUGUAAAAAUUCGAUACGUGUAUUGUUCUAAAUUUAGCAUAUGACAUUUAUUUCCAAAAUGUAUAUGUUUAUAAUCAAUAUCUUAAUAUUCUUCAAAUUUCAAAGUCAGAUACACUUUGAUUUUGUACAAAAAGAUAUGUCCAGAAGGUUCUUCUGUGUUUCAGUAUGAUUGGUCUCUUUCGAUGGCCUUCCCAAAUAAAAAUAGAAGAGAAAGCAAAUGGAAGUAUUGAUUACAAUAGGCAAGAAGGAAAAUAGAAGAAGAAGAAGAAAGACGUAAAUGCUUUCUUUGUUGGGGAAGAAAAUGGAGAGCUCGAGAAAGAGGAAUGGCCCCCCGCUCAGCUCUCCUUCCUUCUUUGUUGAUCUACUUUAUUAUCUUCGGUUCCGUAUUUAUGACGACUCAAAUCUGUAAUAUAGUAAUAUGGAUGUACAAGUUCUAACAUUUAAAUGACAUUUAUCUUCUUCAAUAUUAGUCUCUUCGGGAACAUUUGAUAUGCUUUCAAUAAUAUACUAAUUUAAUCAUCUGACUGUACGUUGCAAAUUGUUGUUUUCAACUUGAAACUUACGGACUAUCGAUCGCAAAAGAUAUGGUUUCUUCUUCCUUUGAAGUUAAAAGGGGAUUUUUUUUAAUUUUAAGACUUUCAGAGUUAAAAAUGAUUUUUACUAUUAUAAUAGUUUUUUUAUGAAGGUGAUUAACUUUAUUAAAGGAAAGGUGACCAAAAGCUGUACAAAAGGAGAUCAGGAGGAAUGAUCUGGCGGACAAAAGGAACAGAAAAAGAUCAAAUCUAAACAGAAAACAUGACCUAAGCUAUAAGCGAAACCUAGCAAAGCGGAUCAGACCGCUCCCGCUAGCCAAGAAACGAUAAACAGAAGAGCAGACGCGCAGGCCAAAACAAAACUAAAGCAAAAACAAGGAUAAGCGACACACAGGAUCCAACAGACUAAACCCAGCAAGUACCCCCUGCUCAUUACAGAUCCGAAAGACCAGCCCGUGAGAUCGCAAUCAUUGAAUCUGACGGAGACAUUCUCGAAUCCAGGAAGCAACACCCAAACGAUCGAUCUUUCCAUUCGCAACUCCCCAUCCUGCAACACUCUUCAGGGAUUUUCUAGCAAUCUGAACCGGGUUCCUCGAGACACCAUUAAAGAUUCUGCUAUUUC